AUGCCCUACCUGGAAACCCGAAUCCGCCAUCUACUUCGCGCAGCGAGGAAUGAUGAUGGAAAAGGGGAGGCAAUCAACCGCUUUAACAGCGUACGGUGCUGUCCGCCACCCUCUGAUAAACUGGAGAUGCUCGAUCACGGAAAGGAAAAAUAUAAGUACACAUUCGAACCCGCACCUCGCCAGAACGACCCAGUCAUAAGGUAUAUUAUACGCCUUAUUCGCGACAUGAAGGCCAAACACAUCGGCGUCGCGGCCAUGAACUUUCGAGUAGAACCUACCGACAAGUCAUCGCCGUUCUGGCUGGCUUUACCCGACUACACUACGUACUGCAGCAAACUGUAUACCUUUGUGGACAGUGUCAAUGAGUUUCCAGUCACCGCUUGGGUAACCUUUGCCCCAGCAAUGCCCGGCCCAACGGAGAAUAAUCUACAUCUGAAGAUUGGUAAAGAAUGGGUUGUGUUGAAGGACUGGCUUCUUUCCAGCCAGACGCCUGCCAAAGAAUUGGUAGGGGAAAAGGGCUACAGGGCGCAGCGCACAUGGUGGAGGCUCAAUGGAAAGCAUUUUCGGCUCGCCGACCUCCCGACGGAGAUGCGCAUGAAGAUCUUCGAAUUUGCUCUCGGUCCUCGAAUCUACCCUUUGACUACAUCCAAGGACGCUGAGGUUCGUCUCGGCUUGGGCUUCCGCAAUUGGCAUGACAGCAGUAAAAUCGACCAACGCCACCCCUCACUGUUAUAUGGAGGACGUGAGCACCAAGUUACAGGCUGCUCCGCCUACGAGCCCAACAUUGCACUCUUGUCUAUCAACAGGCAGACCCACGGGGAGGCUCUUCAGGCUGGCUGGGAGGACACCCGAAAGUGCUUCUUCUCACCAAUUCAGCUCAGAUCAGUUCUUGAGGCGAGUACUAAACCGGACUAUAACUGGCUCAAUCAUCUCAUUCUCGAUUUCACGAUGUCCGAUUGGUUCAGUUUCUUCGGCGUACGAGUGCGUUCAAACUUCUACAUGGACAGCGGUGUAUCUCUUGGACCUAUUCUUCCUACAUUGAACGGACUGUCAACUCUCCAGCUUUGGUUUCGAAGCCCGGAGGAUGGAGCGUGUUACUAUCCCUCUGGGAUGCGUAAUACCAGGUGGGGCGUUGAGCACAGCUUUACCUGUUGUCAACGUACAAUGGUCGACUGGAUCAUGACGUUCGCCUGGCCAUUUGUAAAGGAUCUACCAAAGGUGAGACUAGGCGGUAUCCUGAAGAAGGACACAAAGGACAAGUGGAAUAAACUCCUUGCGCUACCUGCAAGGGACAAAAUCGGCAUCAUGGACCACGCUGUCGAGCAGGCGGCUAUUCUCGACACGCCCCCAGCAGAUAUGUAA